GCGGCUCGCCACGAUUUUACUUUAGUCCAAGACAUCAACAACGAUGGAGGAGGGCCUUUAACCCGGUGGCAGGCGACCAACUCCGUGGCUUAAAUUUUUUUAUCGCAUUGUUCACUCUUUCUCCAGAAAGUAAAAACUGACGGGUGUGAUGCUUACUCGCAUUUAUUGUUGUUUCCCCGUGCGUGUGUCAGCUGUUUUGCUCCAGUCACGACGCACAUGACUCCUCAUCAGCCCCGCUUGUGAUGAGCGAGCAAAAACGAACCAACGAAACAAAGUCAGUACGACUCAAGUAGGAGGGAGGCUGGCAGGGAGGAUGCAUGUGAGCAGCAGCUGCUGCGGAGCGCUGCGGAUUUAAGUUCGUGUGACUCGACACGUGGCUGUCCGGCUCGGUGCGGCCGUGUUCCCAGUCGUUGGACCACAUUCUUCUCACGGCCUGGGAGCCACCGUUGAUCGCGUGAACACGGGAGGGGAGGGGGGGACGUGAGCCGGACUUGCCGCAAUGGCUCCAUCGACUCCGCGGUGGCUGGAGCCUCAGGUCCGCCCCACUGCCCGAGCCCGACGGACAGGCGGCCAACAGCCACUGGCGAGGCUGCUGCUGCUGCUGCUGACAUCAGCCAUCGUUGCGCAGCCGGGCGUCUGCCACCCACAGUGCUUGGACUUCAGGCCACCGUUCAAGCCCCCGCAGCCACUCCGCUUCUGCUCGAUCUACAGCAACUUCGGCUGCUGCGACGUCGAACAGGACGCUGCUGUGGAGAGGCGCUACUGGGAGGUGGCCGACUACUUGCAGCCGGAGGGCUACCACCAGUGCAGUGGCUUUGUUCGAGAUAUUCUGUGCCAGGUGUGCUCGCCGUACGCUGCGCACCUGUACGACGCCGAGGACCCAUCAACCCCGACACGCUCCCUGCCGGGCCUGUGCCCUGCCUACUGCAGCCUCUUCCACCACCGCUGUCGCCCAACACUCAGCCUCCUGGCCGCCCAGGCAGACGCCCCUGGGCUGCACGAACUCCUGCAGAGCUCUCCCGGCGACCUGGAAGCUGAUCGGCAGCACAUCUGCCGCUACUUGUCGCUCAGCGACCCCGACUAUUGCUUCCCCAGUGUUGUCACAAACACGCGGUUUUCCAAGGGACUAGGUCGCAUCCUUGCUGGGGCUGAUGGCUGUCUCCAGCUGUGCUUGCGGGAGGUGGCCAACGGCCUCCGGAACCCCGUGGCCAUGGUGCACGCAGGGGACGGGUCGCACCGCAUGUUUGUGGCCGAGCAGGUGGGCGUCGUGUGGGUCUACCUGCCCGGCGGGUCCCGCCUGGUGACCCCUUUCCUAAACAUCAGCGAGGCCGUGCUCGUAUCAUCGUGGGAGGGUGACGAGCGCGGGUUCCUGGGUCUCGCCUUCCACCCGGACUACGCGCGCACGGGCAAGGUCUACGUCUACUACUCUGUCUACGUGGAUUUCGAUGAGAGGAUCCGCAUCAGCGAGUUCAUCCGGAGGCCCGACGAUCCCAAUCGGCUUGACCACAAAUCCGAACGGUUCAUCUUGGAGAUCACAGAGCCAGCGGCCAAUCACAAUGGGGGGCAGCUGCUGUUCGGUGAAGAUGGCUUCCUCUACAUCUUCACCGGCGAUGGGGGAAUGGCGGGAGACCCCUUCGGCCGCUUUGGAAAUGCCCAGAAUAAGUCUGCCCUGCUGGGAAAGGUCCUGCGCGUGGACGUGGACGGCAACGACGUGGGGGCGCCGUACCGUGUGCCGCCCGAUAACCCCUUCGUGGGGGAGCGCAACGCCAGGCCCGAGGUGUACGCCUACGGCGCCCGCAACAUGUGGCGCUGCUCGUUCGAUCGCGGCGACCGGCUGACGGGCGCGGGCCGCUCGCGCCUCUUCUGCGGCGACGUGGGGCAGAACAAGUUCGAGGAGAUUGACAUCGUGGUGCGGGGUGGCAACUACGGUUGGCGGGCCCGGGAGGGAUUCUCAUGCUACGACAAGAAGCUCUGCGUCAACACCUCGCUCGAUGACAUCCUGCCUAUCUUCGCGUACCCACACUCGGUGGGCAAGUCGGUGACGGGGGGUUACGUCUAUCGAGGCUGCGAGUCCCCCAACCUCAACGGACUCUACAUCUUCGGAGACUUCAUGAGUGGGGUGCUAAUGGCUUUGGAGGAGGGUCCAGACGGGGCGUGGCACAAGCGUGAUCUGUGCAUGGGCACUGGUCAGACUUGCGCCUUCCCAGGACUCAUCAACAACUACCACAGCGGCAUCAUCUCUUUUGGAGAGGACGAGUCUGGCGAGCUCUACUUCAUGUCCACCCCUCUCGCCAUUGCCACGGAGCCACACGGAACGUUGUACAAGAUCGUGGAUCCCUCACGCCGUGCCCCUCCAGGGAGCUGCCACUGGGAACCGAGACCUGUGCAUGUGCUGGGAAAGACCGUGGACUUCAUCCCCAGAGAGACUCUGAUCCUGGAUGAGGUGCCCCUAACGGAGGCUCCCAGCACUACGCAGCCACCCAGGCAAGAGCAGAGGCCCGAGGUGACACAGAGGCGGCCCACACCAGACCGGCAGCCGGACACGGCAGGACGCUCCCACACCUUCAACUACCACGAGUACGGGAUCCUGCCAGGCACCCAGUCGACCCCACAGAAGAACAUUCCGGACGCAACUCAGCGUCCGACCGCGUCAAAGAGGAGAAAGGACUCCACCACAAAGCAGGGUGGGAAGCGCCCGCGGCAGGGCGCCGUGCGGCUGGCAGGCGAGCGAGGCGGCCUGGCCCGGCACCGCGGCCGCGUCGAGGUGUUCGCGGGCGGCCGCUGGGGCACGGUGUGCGACGACCGCUGGGCCUUGCCAGCGGCGACCGUUGUGUGCCGUCAGCUGGGCUUCCCCGGUGCCCUGCGCGCCUCCAAGCGCGCCGAGUUCGGCGAGGGCGGCGCGCUGCCGCUGCUGCUGGACGACGUGAGCUGCGGCGGCGGCGAGCGCUCGCUCAUGGCGUGCCGGCACCGGGGCGUAGGAGUUCAUGACUGCGAGCCGGGGGAGGAGGCGGGCGUGGUGUGCGCCACGCACGAGGCCCAGCUCACUGCAUGGGCCACCGGCGACGAGGACGACUGAAGCGCGAGGGGCGAGGAGCGGCGGGUGGUGCGUGCGCACGCGAACGCAGGGAGAUCGCUGCGUGGGGUUGAUGGUGCCGUUGGGUGAAUGGGGGUUGUUAGGCUCGCGUCGAGAAUGAUUUCAGACUAAGGGAUGUACCGUUGGAAAUGGUGUACAAGCACAGCCAUACACGUGACUGUCAUACGCUGGGUUUGGGCGACUUUGUGAAUUAGUUAAGUGUGCAUGGAUUUGACAAUUGACCGCAAAAUUCCAUGGAUAAUUCUUUGUAGGUUAAGUGUGAACACCUGGAUACGGACGACAGAGCAGAAGAUGACUGUUGAUUAAUGUGGGUGACUGAGAGAGGGUGAACUUCGAUGAUUGAAAAGAGGUCUCGUGACUCGUUACGAGGCUAGUUGUGGAUAACUGAUUAGAUGAGUAAGUAUAAAAUGACGUGUAGAUGGAGAAGGGUUGACCGAGGGAUGACUGCGGGAUGACCAAUAGUUGGAUAGCUCUGUGCAGGUGACAAAUUGCGACAAUUUCAGACCAUGGAGCCACAUUUGGCUUAAUGCUCAAUAGAAUGAUUAAUAGAAUAGAAUUGCAUUUCAAAUUUAAGAGAUCGCUUUUUAGAUCAUGCAAAUGUGGAUUCAUAAAAAUAUAAGAAAAAAAAGUCCGGUGCCUGGUAGCCCAGGGGUCAAAUCACUGAGCCGGCACUGCUGAGAUUUUUGUGUUUAAAUCUGGGCAGCCACUCUUGAUUAACGCAGUUUCUUUGAAGUGUAGCGGGUCGAUAGUGUGUCGAUAGUGUCGGCCUAUCAAUUGGCGAUCGCCUCAAGUGGGUUGCACUGUUCUGUCGGAGUUCCCAAUGGAUACUUCACGACAUGAUACAAAUAGCACAAUUGGGAUGAAAGUGGACAAAAAAAACAAUCAGGUGUAAAAUUGCAAUGUCACUUUAAACAGCACUCAUAAUUAUAUAAUUGUGUUGAUUGCAAUGCAGAGCAAUUAUAAUUUAGCUUUUUGUAGGGGAUGCAUGUCUUUAAAUCGGUGACUCGCAACGUUCGUUUUGGUGAAUUACAAAUAUGCAAAUCAUGAAUUGCUUGAUUUUGAGCAUUUGGGUCUGUUGUGAUGAUGUGUGUGAGACAUCUGCAGGGCAAUGCCUAUAUGGAAUCGAAGACAGAUUAAGUAGAUUUCGGGCAGGCAAUCUAUGCUACCGCCAGGGCCGUCCAUAGGGGCGGGUACAGGGCCUGGGGUAGAUCGCACCGUGUGGGCCCCCCGACGCCUUCAAUUUAACGGGGCUCGGGGCAGUCGCCCCAAUUCACCGUGCACCCUACGAAUGGCUCUGGCUACCGGUGGUUGCAUUAUCCUCUUGCAUGCGUGGGGUUUACACAGGCUUUCCAGACUAAUCCCACACUCACAUUUUCAAUCGUACUUUUAACGGUAACUAUUUCAUAUUGUAAAAUAAGUGGCAAAAGGAAUAAUGCCCAUUUUAUUACAGCAUUUGAAAAUGUCAAAUUAAGUAAAAGUGGAUUAUUCUGCCCGAUGGUGGAGGAGUCAGCUUUGGCUUAUAUCGUUCUUAAAGGGCCAUCACGUCAAUAUUUUGGUAAUUUCAGGGAGUUUGAGUUCAUUUUGAUGGAGCCUGCACCCAAUCGUCCCUGACUCUGCAUUUUGUGUUUAGUUUGUUGUCUUUCCCCUACACCUCCGAUUAGCACGGUUGGCUACGUACGGUGCAAAAGAAGUUCAACAUGCACACAAACGUAGUCUGCCUAGAUGACUGGCCUGCUUGGGACACAGCAGAGCCUCAACCCAUGUUGGGAUCUCACAGUCGCAAGCCAGAGCAUGUGACCCAUGUCCUCGCAGGUCGUGAUCCACCCGGGCGUUGUGGGGGAGUGGAGGAGGCCAGCGCCCAGGGACCGCUUGGUUACUCGACUAACAGGCCACAACCCCAGCUCACAAAUGGUUUAACGCAUACAUACACACACACCAGUGAAUAAUAA